AUGCAAUGGUGGGACUUCGCACCCGGGCACUGGAAUCUGGCGUUACCCUACCGAGUGGCUCUCCGUAGGGAAAGAAACAAAUUCCUGGCAAACGCGGUAGACCUACAAGAGGUGAUAGACGGCCAGAAUUCCCAGCUGCAGGGGAUUGAAGUAAGAAACGAUUCACUUGUUUUGUCUCCUGCUGGGGUGGGUAUCCACAAAAUACCAGAAAGUCUGAAAACGGGAACUGGUGGCGACCCAUAA